CAUAUGUUGCACGAUAUUCCUUGGCGCCAAAGAUUAGGUUCAGAACGUCCGAAAAUUUUCCCGCGAUAUCAAGAUGGAGAGAAGGAUGAAAGACUCCCAAACUCCGCAGAGAGAUCAAGCGGCGAAUCGUAGAUCAAGGAAACCUCUGAAGCGAAGUUCGAAGCAAGACUUCUCUUCGAUUUCUGUUGUCUCAGACGUCAAUCAAAUUCCAGAUAUCGAUCGAAGUUUCUUGCAUGAUGUUAAUCCGGCUCUUUCUGCUUGCUGCGGGAGCUCGCUUAUCCCCGAUCUUUCUCCAUCUUCAGUUGUCACUUUUGAUAAUGGACAGCUUGACAAGGUUCCAGUUAAUUUUUCUGGAUCUAAUGAUUUGGAUGAAACUGGCGCGGGUUCAGUAGGAGCAGAGAUUGCUGUAAGUUCUUUAAGUCGUGCUCUAACUCAAGUCCUGCAAUCCACGGAUGUUGAUCAUCAGGCCAAGAAGCUUAUAGAUGCAUCCAUAAGGAUCAUUGUAGACGAUUUCCUUGCUAUACCUCAAGAUCGAGACCAUAUUUUUCAAAUUAUUUCUGCCAAAAAUCAAGUUCUCUCUAUAUCUUUAUUCCUGUGGAUCAUCGUCUUGGCAUUAGCUUUCUUAAUUGAUUUUGUCGUACUUGUUACCUUCGAAAUGGACUUUGCCUAUUUCAUCUUCCUACAUAAGAAACCUAAGCCGUGAAAGUCUGUAAUCGAAAGUUAACCGUCCAUAACCUCACGGUUAGCGUACUAUGAUUCAAAGCUAUUUGAAAUUUUCAUAAACUUGUGAGUGACCAUUUGACUUCGAUCUUUAGUAAACCUUUAGCAUUACAUUUGACUUCGAUCUUUUAGUAAAGCUUUAGCAUUACAUUUGACUUGGAUCUUAUAGUAAAACCUUGGCAUGCAUUACAUUUGACUGCUUAUUUGUGAGUCUUCACUUUCUUAUUUGAUUAAUUAGCGAAUAUUUAAUGUUGUUUUCACUUUGCAAAGAUAUAUUUUGCAUAGAGAACUCAGGGCAAUUUGUUUUGAUUUCGGAACUAUUAUGAUGCGAGUUAGAGAGGAUCCAAACUGCUCUGCAUUCUGGAGAUGUUGUUGCAUUUGAUAAAGACUCGAGCCUGAUUUGUUAAUAAACAACGAUUUAUGAUGAGGCUGAUCUUUUUUUUGCAUAUCAUUCCAGCAUUGUUGCAUAUCUUUAGCAACUCCUUCCAGGUGCAUUAUAUGCAAAUCAAGUAUGCUAUUAGAAAAAGCUCAACAGAAGACGAUGAACUAAACAAUGAAAUCAUAUGACUGAUUGAAGAGAACAUGUCAGUGGUUGGCACAACCUCAUACUGAUAAUGACAAGAUUACUGCCAGCUGAAUGUGAAUUUAGUAAAAGAAAACGUUUUGGACUUUCCAUAGAAGAUAUAGAUUAUAAUCAGUUUUUUCAGAAGACACGCAUUUGUUGCAUAUUUUUGGCAUCUUCUUUCUGGUACAUCAACUCAAGUAUGCUGUUAUAAAAUGUAUUCUAUCUACAAAAGACGAUGAGCUAAACAAUGAAGUCAUAUGACUGAUUGAAGAGAUAUCUUAGCGGUUGGCUGGCACACCCUGAUACUGGUAAUGUCUAGAAUAGUGCCAACUGACUGAAUAUAGUUGGAAAAACGUUUUGGGUUUUUUAUUGAAGAACUGGAUUGUAGUUAGUUACUGAUUCCAUCUGGUAACUUGAAAUCUGAGUUGAUGACUUGUCAGCUACAACCUUGAACAAGUCUCUGGUUUGCUCUUUGAUUGUGGUUUGAUUUGAACUGCAAGGACUGGAUUUGUUACACCAAAUGAACAUUGUUUAAGGUUUUGAUACCUAGGUCAAUCCUAGUUCUCUCAAUGGCAGGACAUUUACAUGUUACCUACCGAAUGGUAGAUAAUGAUAAGCUGCUGGUCAUUUAAGUGACUAAUUCUAUUCAGUGGCAAAAUUAAUAUCUUUUAAUCAGAUGGGGUUUGUUCUCUAUCCAUGAUUGAGUAAUUUGGGUAAUUCCCAGGGAAUUCUCUUAACAGGAAACCUUGACCAUCUACAUAUGCCUCAUUGAAAAGAUUCAUUCUGUCCUGAAUAGAAACAGAUGGGAAGAAGAAAGAUGUACUUCCAGGGGAUUAUGUCCAUUGCAAAGGAAAUCGAGGAAAGAGGUAGCCGUUGCACUAAAUGUGGAGGCAAAUGACAAUCAGCCCGUGGGGUCCUCAUCACCAGGCUUUCUCUCUGAUGCUAACGUGCAUUAUAUACAUCUUCCAGACCUACAUGCAUGCAGCUGCCAGGUAUGUGUAUAGCUCUCUCAUAUUCAUCUUUAAUUGAUCAUUUCCCCCUCCCCAAUGUGAUUGGUUUUGACAUCUUAUUUAUGAUACUUACUUUUGAAUCUAUUAAACGCUCCAGUCCUCGCUACUUUAUUGUGUCUGACACGAAGGGGGCAACCCCUCCUCUAAAUCAUAAUGGCUGUUAUAGUAAAUUAAACUUUAGCGCUAUAAUUUAAGGUUUAUUUUCGGUGGCUUGUUCUCUUGUGUAUUGAUUACACAUGGUCACAAUGAUUUCACUAAGAAAGAGGAUUAGGUUAU